AUGGAUAGUUUUCAAAAAUUUGAUUACCAAGAGUUGCCCACAAAAGAUGAGUUCUUUAGUAUAUUAACCCAAGAAGGGAUUAGUGAUGAGGAGUACCCGCAUGCUCAAAAAGUUUGGGAUAUUUUUCAGAUAAAUUCAAUGGGGGAGUAUUAUUAUUUGUAUCAGUCUGAUGUUCUGCCGUUGGCUGAUGUUUUUGAGAAUUUCAGGGGCACAUGUCUAAAGUAUUACCAAUUAGAUCCAGCCCAUUAUUUUACAUCACUAGGUCUUAGUUGGAGCGCCAUGCUCAAAAUGACAGGGAUCUAA